AGAUAGGGAGUAAGGUAUUUGUAAAGCAAUCAAGUGUUCAUCAGAUGAAGAGGAAAUAACAUAGUACCUGCUACAUUUGGAAUCGACACCGUCAUAAUGUUCUCAAUCAUUGUUGGGCUGGUCAUAAUGGCAUCGACCAUUUUCUAUUAUUUCUGCGUACGUCCGAUGAAUUAUUGGAAAAGAAAAGGCGUUCAUCAGGGAUAUCCGUCAUGGUUAUUUGGAGAUAUUUUACGUAACAUUCUUGGAUUGGAAUGUUUCCUCAUUACAGUCUAUGAUGGAUAUAUGAAUGCUGCUAAUAAAAGAUAUUUUGGGAUGUACAUGUUUGCCAAGCCAUUGUUGGUCAUCAAAGAUCCUGCCUUGGUAAUGGAAAUCACUGUCAAGGCUUUCGAUAAUUUUGCGGACCACCAUGACAUCAUACCUACAGAAGCUGAUCCUUUGUGGGCUAAGAGUCUAGUACAACUGAAAGGAGAAGAUUGGAGAUUUAUGAGACCCCUGAUGAGUCGUUCUUUCUCGGUCAGCAAAAUCAAAACGAUGUACAAGUUGAUGUCGGACUGUGCCAAAAACUUCGUCGAUCAUUUCAAGAACAGAAUCGAAACAUCGAUCGAACUCAAUGUUCUGGAUGUAACGGCAAGAUACACCAAUGACGUCAUCGCCAGCGUUGCGUUCGGAGUGACUGUGGAUUCCAUGAACAAUCCAGAUAAUGAGUUCUUCCAGGUGGCAAAAAGGACAACAGAUUUGACUAGGUUCUGGUUGAAUCUGAGUGCGUUCGCAGCUUUAGUUCUACCUGGUUCCAUAAUGAAAAUAUUCGGUUUGAGGUUUUUCGAUGAGGAUGUCAGGAAGUAUUUCUUCAACGUUCUUCAAGAUUCACUACGUAUGGGGAAGGAUUCUGGAACCCUCCGUUCACAGCUUAUAGAGUCGCUUCUGGAGGCCCAAUCAGCAGCAAAGAAAGAUGGGUCAUUGCGGCAAUUGGAUGAUGACGAUAUUUUAGCUCAAUCGUUGAUAUUUUUUGUUGGUGGGUCCGAAACAGUUAGUAAACUAAUCGGUUUCAUAUGUUACGAACUGGCAAUGAAUAAGGAAAUGCAGGACAGAUUGAGAGCAGAAAUCCUCGAUGUUUCUAGAGAAAAUGAUGGCGAAAUUACAUACGACGCUACGAUGAAAAUGGAGUACAUGGACAUGAUUAUUUCGGAAUCCUUGAGAAAAUGGCCCAUCAUGGGUGGAAUAGACAGAAUAUGCACGAAAUCGUACAAAAUAGAGCCAGUCACUCCAGACGAGCAACCCAUUAUCAUAGAAGAAGGAACCCAAACGUGGAUACCCAUCUGGUCCAUACACCACGAUCCCAAAUAUUUCCCGGAUCCGGAGAAAUUCGAUCCAGAGAGGUUCAAUGAAGAGAGGAAGAAAGAAAUGUAUCCCUACGCUUACAACCCUUUCGGUUUGGGUCCGCGUAGCUGCCUCGGACAAAGAUUCAGUUUACUUAAAUGUAAAAUUAUCAUUAUGCAUAUCAUAUCCAAUUUUGAAUUGGAACCAUGUCAGAAGACGAAGGUUCCGUUAGGACUUCUCAACAAAGCUUUUCUGGUCAAUCCAGAAGUCGACAUCAUUGUCAAUAUGAAGAAAUGCACACCUAAGAAUAAUUAGAGUUACACAGGUUGAUUUGGUUGUAUUUUAUUGGUGAUUAUCUUCUUCACAUUAUGUAUUUAUCGUUUCACUAUAUACCUCAAUAAAUAGGGAUAUGAAUGG